CUCAGAUCUUCUAGGUUUUAAUUCCACCUUCACCACUUAAUAACUAUGUAUGAUCUUAGGUGAGAUGAUCAUCCUCCCCAUUCCAGUUUCCUCCUGUCAAAACGGAAUAAUGAAUAAAUGAUGAGUAAGUGGAACCAGCAUCGAAAGCACUCGGUGUAGUAUCUGGUGGCUCACUGACCCAGGUCCCAGGAGACCUUUGUGGUUGCUGUUGCUGUCCCCUGCGUCCUAAAGCCUGCCUUACAGCACGCCACACAGGUGAAAGAUGGGACCAGGGAGGGGCUACGUGGUAGUUGGGACUGUUCAUUAGCAUUCCCGUAGUCCCCGCCACCAUUUAUGAGGUGUUUGCUUCAGGCCAGCAUUUGGUUAAGCACUCGACAUAAUCGACUCAUUUGUGCCCCACAGUCACCCUAUAAAGUAUUAUUACCUCCGUUUUGCAAAUGAAGAAAUGAGCUUGAGAGAUGAAACAACUUGCCCACGGCCAAAGAGCCGCGGACCUGUCAGGCUGCAAACCACUGCACGCUCCAGAUGGGGAAAUCGCACAGUAUAACCAGUUUCCUUUGUGUUGUUUGUUGUUAUUGUUGUGUUUUCAGUUUCCUUUGUUUUGCAGUUCUUGUGGUCAGCACUCUCUGGACCCUUCACGCUGAAAUGACAGAUUCACACCUCCUCUAAGAUGAAUACUUCUUUCAUAUCGAUUCACAGUCUGAGAGAGCAGAUGUUGAAAUACUAAACGCUAAACUGUGUACUUCAGACACAGGGCUUUCCGUGUGCUUCCUGUGACCCCAGCCUGCCGCUGCAGCCGCACAUAACACGUGCACUUUGCAUCAGUUAUUAGCUAAGGUUAUGACAUCUUUUCCACUUGGGCUGUUGAUGAGCCGAGUCCUCUCCAUUCUGUCAUUUCCAGAGAGAGGAGGUGCCUCCGAGAGAGGGCAGGAUAUACAGAAAGGCACUUGCCGAUACCAGAAUCUUGCCGUACUCGUGUUGUUACUAACUAUGCAGCAACAGAAACUUCCCCAGAAGGGAAACCUGCAGGUCAUGCAUGUCUGCCUCCCACGAAGCUGGGAGUCACCGUGUGGAUCUGGGGUGUGGGACGGACGCCCGAGUUAGCCACCCAUCAGCGUAAUGAGCAUGGUAGCUCUGGCUCCUGACUCCUACGUUUUGUAGGCUCUAGGAUGUUUCUCAGCCUGGAAGUGUCUGUAAUUACAAGUUUCUGCAUUCAAAGGAUCUUUGUGGAUACUGUGAGGAUACUCAAAAAUAUUCUUGGGGACAGGAAAGGAUACAGGGCGUGGUUGGUAGUUUUUUGCUUAUUUUGUAACCACCCAAGUAGUGGGGGAGGAUGAGGUGGCAUAUUUAAGUCCCACUCCAAAAUGGCACAGUAGAUGAGCCUGAGGUUGCCGUCUCUUCACUUAGAUGGCAAGAAACCAUUUGGGCCAAGGAAGAGAGAUUGAACUGGUGUUCUCCAAUUCUAAAUAUGUUUCACUCUCCAAAACAAAGCUUCAACCCAGACUCCCGUUUUGCCCUUUUUUGGAUGGUUGGAGUGGUUGAAAGUGUAGGCUGUCAUCAGACUACGGUGUUUGAAACCCAGCUGUGUGACCUUGAGCAAGUUACAGAACCUCUCCAGGGCUUGUUUUCUGCAUCUGUAAAAUGAGGAGAGUGAUCGUUUUACCUCAUGAAGCAGUUCUGAGAACUAAAGGAGAUUAGCCACGUAAAGGGUUUCACACGGUCCUCUGUGAUGUCAGCUAUUAUCACUAUUUUUAAGAGAGAAAAUGUGCCCCUGCUCUCUGCCUUUUCACAGUUUUCUUUUUCAGCCUCUUCCAUUGUAUUAGGGACCUAAGAGAAUGGUUAGAAUUUUGACUAUUGCCAAUCAUAGGUGUCACUCCGUUCCUACUGAAUCUAGAUCCCUGGUCUGCUGGUCUGUGCUGUGUGCACUCUUCCAGGAGGCAGCAAACGUUUCCUGUAAAGGACCAGAUAGUGAAUCUGUUGCAUAUUCUUCUCCCUCUCCCAUUUCCCCUUUUCUUCUUCCCCUUCCUCUUUUUCUUCUUCCCUUCAAAGGUGUAAAAACUCUUCUUAGCUUGAGGGCCACACAAAAACAGUCUGCAGACCACAGAUUGCUGACCCUCCCUAACAUGGCCAAAGUCUCCAGUCCUGGGGUUAUUCUCUUCUGUCAUUGAGGUCAAAAGAUGCUAAUCAAAAGGACAGUAAGUUUUCAUGUUAAAAAUGGGGUCCAUUUGAAAAAUAGCACUCUCUCUUCUCCCACCCCCAAACUCUCCCACACACCAUAUAUAAAGAACUUCCAGAGUUCCCUUCUGAGACCAAGAAAGGGUUUGUAAAGGAAUCCAUUAGAGCCAGUUUGACAAACGCUCCAACUUGGAUAAGCUCUGUGCCUGUGAAAUUACUCCAGAUUCACUUGGAGCCUCAGUUGUGAUUUUAAUUUUAAAUUCCUGGGGGUUUUGCGCCAUCAGGUCUCAUGUCUGGAGCAGUCACAUUUUAGGACAAGAGCAUCUGUUGCUGUGAAGUAAGCUAACCGUAAUGAACAUGAACAUCAUACUUAUUCCACAGCAAAAAAGAAAGAAACCAAAAUGCAGGCACAACCUUUGUGAAAUGACAGUAUUAAAUUGCAAGAGAUGAUGGUAACGCAAAUAUUUAAAUUCACAACUAAAAUAGUGCUUGUAAAAUGUAAUUGCCAGGGAGAGCAUGCCAGCUCAUCGUUCUUUCAGCUAAUUCUCUGCAGACAGAAUCAUUCGUACAGUCCUAGUUAAAAAUGCUUAUUUUAAAUAAACUGCUUUCUGGUUCUUUUAAAACUGCACAAGUAAGCUUUAUUGACCGGGGACGAUUAGGUCUUUGAGGUGUCCAUGGGCAGGAGAGAUCUCCUGCUGUAUGGGGGCUGUCUGAGCUGGUUUGUCUUGGGCUGCAGCUUUACUGAUGGCGUGGCUUCCUUUCUCCCUAGGAGAGUUCCCGUGAUGGAGGUGAUGGCAUUUUUGGCGAAAAGAAGGAUGACAGCCAGGCAGGAUGGCUCCGACCCAGACAAAUCACCCUGGCCAGUUUCAUCUGCACUCACGGCUCGCCUCAGACGUCUGGUCACUGUGUACCAGCGCUGUAACCGCAAAGAACUCUGCCGACCAGAAAUCCUGGGACCAGGUAACCAAGGAUACUGGGUCCAGGAAGAGAUGUUCAGGAGAACCUCAGAAAUGGAUCUCAUCAACAAGGAAGCUCAAAAGAGGUGGACUAGGAGAGAGCAAGCCGACUUCUACAGAGCAGUGUCCUCCUUUGGGGUUGUUUAUGAUCAAGAAAAGAAAACUUUUGACUGGACACAGUUCCGCAUCAUUUCCCGUUUGGACAAGAAGUCGGAUGAGAGCCUGGAGCACUACUUCUAUAGUUUUGUGGCCAUGUGCCGGAACGUCUGUCGUCUGCCCACAUGGAAGGAUGGCGGUCCCCCAGAUCCCAGCAUCUACGUGGAACCCAUCACUGAGGAACGGGCCGCGAGAACUCUGUACCGCAUCGAACUGCUGCGGAAGGUCCGAGAGCAAGUGCUGAGGUGUCCGCAGCUGCACGAGCGCCUCCAGCUCUGCAGGCCCAGCCUCUACCUCCCGGUCUGGUGGGAGUGUGGGAAGCACGAUCGAGACCUGCUCGUCGGCACCGCCAAACAUGGGCUGAACCGCACUGACUAUUACAUCAUGACCGACCCCCAGCUGUCCUUCCUGGACGCCUACAGAAACUAUGCCCAACAUAAGAGAACGGACACCCAGGCACCAGAAAGUCUCUGUUGCCUUUACCAGACCAACUCCAAACUAUACGAAUCUCUCACAUACACUCAGAUGAGCAGGACUUCAGAGCCCCUUGAAAAUGAGCCUGAGAAUCUAGUGAAAAUAGAAGGUAGAGAUGAUCAUCCGGCUGCACCUGCGGGCAGUUUAUCUGACAUGACUUGUGAAAACUUUAUUUCUAAAGUUCAGGAUGUCAUUUCCAUCCCCCACGAUGAACGUCUGCUGCCUGAGUCCUUGGAGGGCAUGAUGUAUGGUAAGAAGGCCCUGAGUCGGGAGCCAGGCUCUUUUCAGGAGAGCCGCACUACCAGGACAGAACCCAGAAGGGAUGCUCUGGCCGUCUCGGCCAGCGAGGAUGGGAACUGGCAGCCUGGUGGCCGCGAGGCAGAAACAUCUGCAGGCCCCUCUUUUAUGGACAGCUUAGAAGCAGGAGUAGCUCAGAUGAACAUCAAAAAUGGAAAACAUCUGUUGCUGUCUCUUUCGAGGGAAGGGGAGCUCUGCAGUGACAUGGGGCAGAGACCUGAAAGCAUUGGGCAGCUAGAAGCCAAAUGCUUAGCUUCCCCUUCCUUGGAUCAAGGAAAUGAAAGUGGGUUUGUAGAUAUGUGCAAUCUUAGUGUCUGUGACUCCAGAAGAAGCCUGUCAUCAGAUCAGCAAUUAAUUGAUUUAUUAGAAAACAAAAGUUUAGAAAGUAAAUUGGUUUUGAGUCAGAACCACAGCGAUGAGGAGGAGGAAGAGGAGAAUGAAGAGGAGAAUGUAGGCGUGGCCGCAGGCCUGAGGCAAAGGCCCGAGGUUGUGCAUCUAGCCGAGCCCACUGCUGAUAUCCUGAGGGAAAAGAGCCGAGGCUUCCAUGUGGAGGAGGCCAUGAGCCAGAGCCCUGGACUGCAGGGGGCAUUUCCUCAAGCAGCCUGUCUGUGUCACUGCAAGCACACAGAGGGGUGGACGCGUGGCCUCGAGAACGAGGAGUUGGAAGUGGAGAAACCCAAGGGUUAUAACCCAGACAUGUACAGAAACAAAACCAAUAGUAUCACAGUGGAGCCUGAGCCCCCUGCUCCUCUGGCAGAGCCCUCUCAGGGGAAGCAUGAGCUGUUAAAAGAGCCUUGGAAGGACAGUGCUGAGGGGAAAAAAGCUUUCGCUGUGUAUCCGGAAGCCAGUGAGCUCAAGUCCGAAGACAUGGAUUUUGAGAGUAAAGAUGAUUAUGACCGAGAUGGGAACGGCCAUGCUCAAGGUACAGUCUGUGGGGUCUGUGGUAUUUUGGAUGAGCCAGUCCUCACAUGGGCCCUCUGCGCCUACGUGGUGCACAGGAAUGUGACCUGUGUCCUACAGGAGGGAGCAGACAGCUACGUGAAGGCCGAGUACCGACAGUGUGGAUGGGGGCCCAAGUGCCCCGGGACAGUCACGUACCGAACAGUGCUCAGACCCAGGUACAAGGUCAACUACAAGACAGUGACGGACCUCGCCUGGCGGUGCUGCCCUGGCCUCACUGGAGAAGGCUGUCCCGAGCACCUGACCGACCUCGGGGCCACCCCAGCCCAGCCAGAGCCUGAGCCCCAGAUUCCCUCAGGGCAGCUGGGCCCAGGGCCCCAGCCCCCUUCUUCUAGCAGAGCGGCCCCCAGCCCCUAUGGAAGGAAAGGCUCAGGGCUGUUCGGUGAGCGGCUGGAACGUCUGGAGGGUGAUGUCCAGCGCCUGGUACAAGCAUAUGGUACCCUCAGCGGCCUGGUGGCCAGCCGUGAGGACCCCAACAGGAUGACUGGCAGUCCAAGGGCUCCUGCCGCUCCUGUGGGCUUCGGGGUCAUCUCCGAGGGGUUCGUGAGGCCCGGAGACAGAGCCAGAGGGCCACUCACCCCUCCCCUUGACGAGAUCUUGAGCAAGGUGGCGGAGGUGAGCAACACGCUGCAGACCAAGGUGCAGCUGCUGGACAAGGUGCACGGGCUGGCCCUCGGCCACGAGGCUCACCUGCAGCAGCUGCGGGAGGCGCGUCCGUCUCCGCUCACCUCGCUGGCGCUGCUGGACGAGUACGUGGACCGACGGCUGCACCGGCUCUGGGGGAGCCUGCUCGAUGGCUUCGAGCAGAAGCUGCAAGGCGUCCAGAGCACCUGCGACCUGCGGGUGCAGGAGGUGCGGCAGCAGUGCGAGGAGGGCCAGGCGGCUAGCCAGCGGCUGCACCAGAGCCUGGACGGCCGGGAGCUGGCCCUGCGCCGGGAGCUGGCCCAGCUCGGGACCAGGCUGCAGGGCCUGAGCGUGGCUGGCGGGAGCAGCUGCUGCAGCCGGCUGCCCUUGAUCAGCGCCCGCGUGGACAACCUCGAGAGGAACCUACAGGCAGUCACUGAGGCCCAGCGGGGCCACGGCCCCCUCACCAGGGCUGAGCUCGAGCGGCUCUCUGCUGCCAUGCUGGACGGGCGUGUGGACGGGCUGCUGGAGGGCCUGGAGACCCCCAACGGGACGGAGGGUGGAGCGAGGGGCUGCUGCCUGGGCAUGGAGGAGGGCGGGUGGGGGGCCGGCAGCUUCAGGACCAUGCUGGAAGGGCGAGUGCAGAGCCUAGAGGAGCGCCUGGUGACACUGGCAGGGGAGCUAAGCCACGACGGCGCCCCCCCGGGCAGGGCAGCCCGGCCCCUGGUGCAGACGGAGCUGGCGGUCUUGGAACAACGGCUGGUCUCCCUGGAGACCUCAUGCACCCCCAGCACCACCUCAGCCGUCCUGGACAACCUGGCGGCAGAGGUGAAGGCCUGGCAGAGCCGGAGCGAGGCCCUCCUCCGCCAGGUGGCCAGCCACGCCGCCCUGCUCCGGCAGCUCAAUGGCACUGUGGCCGGGGUCCAGGAGCAGCUGACAGAAGCGACGGGCAGCUCACUUCAAGGUGAGAUCACCCUGCUCAAGGUCAACCUGAACUCCGUGAGCAAGUCACUCACGGGCCUCAGCGACUCCGUCAGCCAGUACUCUGAUGCCUUCUUGGCUGCCAACUCAUCCCUGGGUGAGCGCGAACGCAAGGUGGAGGCUGAGGUUCACGCCAUCCAGGAACAGGUCAGCAGCCAAGGCUCUCGGCUUCAGGCUGGCCACAGGCAGGUCCUGGGCCUGAGGGGGGAGCUGGAGCGACUCAAGGCCGGUGUGGCCGAUGUGGCCGGCGGGCUGAGCCGCUGCCAGGACACAGCCCAGGAACUGCAGCAAGUGGUGGGCCACUUCGACCGGAGGGUGGCUCAAGUGGAGGGUGCGUGUGGGAGGCUGGGCCGACUGGCUGCCGGCCUGGACCACUUGCCCACCGAGUCGCUCAGGCCCACGGAGGGCCUGUGGGGCUAUGUGGACCAGCUGAACCGCACGCUGGCUCAACACGCACAGGACAUCGCCCGCCUCCGGGAUGACCUCCUGGACUGCAGGGCCCAGCUGGCCGAGCAGGUGCGGCCCCAGCCAGCCGACUAGGCGGGCCAGACGGGACCGAACCCCAGAUCCCGCCAACACUGGGGAUGCCGCUCCAGAGCCCAGCCUCGCCCAGCAGUGCCUCCCAGCCUCCCGGGGCCAAGGGGGAUGCCACUUCAGAGGCCACGGAAGGAAUAGCCUUGGUCCAGCUCCAUGGGACUGUCCCAACCACGAAAAUCAACACUCAGUGCCGUAUCAACUGGACAAUGCAGGAUCAUGGUCAAGGCAAGGACAUCAUGCCUGAAGGCCGGGCGGACCUGAGUGACCUCACAAUCCAGCGUGCACAUUGCUCUUCUGCAGACACACCAGGAGUAGCAUCUGGAUGAAGACCCGCAGGUCCAGUCACCUGUCCACAUCUCCCCUUGUCCCGGGGCAAUAGCCCCCAGCCUGUGGAGGCUUCUGGUUCCCUUGUCUCCUUGACUUCCCUCCCUAGCCGUCAGGACCCAGUUUCUGCGGGAAGGUGGCGGCCACCGGCACUGUCCUCCCACCUGGCAGCUUUGUGGAUAGUUUCUGAACCAAGGACCAGAGGUUUCCAGCUCCCCCCGUCCUUUCGGACAGAGCAGAAACACAAAGACUCAGCUGAGAGGUUUUUUAUUUCUUUCGACCCUCCCCUCAGGUGAGGGCUUACUUAGGCAGCUGUAGAUUCCCUGAGAAAAGGACAGGGUCCGGACCCGCUGUUCAGAGACCCACCUCAAUUUAUUCUUUUCCUUCUCUUUCCCAAAGAUGCUUCAGGGCCUCUGGUCCCCACACCCUCCUCUCCUUUCCAUCUGGGGGGAAAUCCUGCCCACCCCCCCCCCCCGCCCCAGGUUAGGGAAUCUCUCCAGAGAGUAGAUGUCAUGGCCUAAGUGAGGCCAGACUCUGAACGGGAAGCCAGGGGAGAAAAAGGGCUCCAGGCCUAGUUUCCAGCAUCCUAGCACAACCCCGGCC